AACAAAAAGAAAAACAAGCGUUGAUCGCACUCGUUCCCUAUUGUAUAUUAUUCCCCCUUUCAAUAGCAGGCUAUUCUUUACCCCCCCCCCCUUCCCUCAAUUUAUUUCCAAUGAAGUAUUCCAACAUUUACACCAUUUUAUUGAUCCUCUGUACAUCAUUCAUGACCACAAUCGCUGCUCCCCUUGAAAAGCGUGGUCUCAAAUCCUGUUACAAAAAAGUACGAAUUACUCAAUAUUGGAUUCCUAAAGAAGGAGACAAAGACAUGACCAACAAUGGCAAGAGAAUCACUCUCAAUGGCAGUAGAAACAAGUCCCUCAAGACAAGCAAUGGUAAACUCAUUGCGAAGGUCUCAAAGAACACAUAUGAAAAAUUCCAAAUGGAAGGCACUGGUCUUUUAAAAUCAGGUGUCAUGGUCAACUUGGAUAGCGGUAAUAAUAGUUUUAUGAAGCUCAAUCGUAAAAAGACCCCUUAUGGUCUUGGUUCGAAUAGUGACAAAUUGACACCUUGGGUUAGCGUGGCAGCCAAUGAUAUCAAGAGGGGUACCAAACUCUAUAUCAAGGAACUAGAUGGUCUCAAAUUACCCGACGGCAAAGUGCACAAUGGCUGUGUUCGUGUAGAUGAUCAAAGCUGGAGUUACGGUGGUUGUCAAAUUGAUUUUUUCGUCUUGCAAUUCAGUGCUUAUGAGAAAUUGACAAACGUGAUUCCUGACAGAGUUACUGCUGUUCAGAAACAUUGUACAAUUAAAAACUAUGUGAAUAACUCGGUCAAGAAAUGGGCCGUUUUAAAGAAAUAAAAAAAUAAGAUUAUAAACGGAA